CUCGGAACGAUACACAUUUAUAAUGGCGACGAGGAUUUAAAAGCAUUUGGCUUUCAACCAUGAGUUAUUGGGACCGCUACAGUGGGGAUGGAGAUUCCGCAACAACUCCUAGGCAUGAAUCGAAAGGAAAGGAAUUAGAUUACCGAAGCUAUUAUGAUCGAAAAUACUCUGCUGAUAAACCUUCAACCAGUAGGACACCUUACAGCGAACAGAAACGUCAUGAAUCUUCCUCCAGUAGGGAAAGACAAGAGUCACGGAGCCAGAAACAUUCCCACGAUAGAAAACACAUCAAUAGAAAGUCGCAUAACCGAGAUGAUUGGGAUCUCGGAAGCUCAUCAAAGAGAAAGAGAUCACAAUCACCAUUGCCGUUCAAGCAUGAAGGUAUCGAACCAGGUGUUAGCUACUGGGAAUCUGCUAUGGAAAAGCGAAAACCUGACGGUGACGCGAUGAAGCCAGAAACGUUGAAGUCUAAACGCGAAGGACCUGGUUCGUCUAAACGUGAACCCUCAUUCGCAGAAUCGAGUCACUCAGAGGAACCUUUACACAUGCCAUCGGACAUCGAGAAGGAAGAAACCAAUUUGAUAAAUUUUUCUUUCCUCGAUCACAAGAGUGCAUUGAACAGAGUGUUGUUAGGAUAUUGCGCACGGGAUCAAUUGGUGAACGAUGUGAACGAUUUUUGGUUGUUUCUUAAUAAGUACGAAACCUUGCUGAAGAAAACGGGACAGUGUAUUUUGCCAGAACCAUUGGAUCCAAACGAAAAGAAAACUGCAGAUCAUUUGAUCGAAAAACGAUACAAUAAAGCAUUUUGUACUCCAAUAUCCCUAGCGAUACCACUUGAGGAGUUGAGCAGUCGAUUGAAACACUACGACAGUAGCGGGAAAAUCAGUGAUUUUAAGUUGAAGCAGUUCUUGCAGAUCGUGGUGCAUUAUCUGGACUUUCGUCAGAAAGAACGCUUCAACAAGUUGAGGAAACUGAGGGCGGCUCAGAAAAACCUACCUGUUGCGAAGCAUCGUGACGAAAUCGUAGCGGCAGUGAAGAAUGAACAGAUAGUCAUUCUUGCCGGAGAUACUGGAUGUGGUAAGUCCACCCAGGUGCCGCAGUAUUUGUUCCAUGCAGGCUUUGAUAAAAUAGCCUGUACCCAGCCUAGACGCAUCGCAUGUAUUUCUCUAGCAAAACGUGUUGCUCACGAAAUGCUGUGCGAAUACAGCACCCGCGUGGGAUACCAAAUUCGGUUCGAGAGAAGCAAAAACAGUCAAACAAAUAUCCUCUUUAUUACCGAGGGUCUCCUGUUACGUCAGCUUGCUUCGGAAGAUAGUCUUUCUCAGUAUUCGGUUAUCUUGUUGGAUGAAGUUCAUGAACGUCAUCUUCAUGGAGAUUUUCUGUUGGGUAUCACCAAAUGCUUGAUACGAGCUCGUCCGGAUUUGAAGCUUGUCCUUAUGUCGGCUACAAUCAACAUAAAACUGUUUGGAGAAUAUUUUGCCCAAGAAAAGGCUCAGAUAAUCGAAGUUCCAGGUCGGUUAUUCCCUAUCAAGUUACAUUAUAUGCCUCAAAUAAACGAUGUUGCUAUCACUGGAACAAGCAGCAAACACAAAACAAGUGAUCGGAUAAGUCCGGACCCCUAUAUUCAAAUUUUACAGAUGAUUGAUAAAAAAUAUCCACCAACUGAAAAAGGAGACGUUCUCAUUUUUCUCAGUGGACUUAAUGAAAUAACCAGUAUAGUUGAUGCAGCGAAAGAAUACGCUGAAACGCAGAAAAACUGGAUCAUCUUGCCCCUGCAUAGCACUCUGUCUAUAGCCGAGCAAGACAAGGUAUUCGACUACGCACCAGAUGGAAUGCGGAAGUGUAUUAUCUCAACAAAUAUCGCCGAAACGUCCAUCACGAUUGACGGAAUUCGAUUCGUGAUAGAUUCGGGUAAGGUUAAAGAAAUGAGCUACGAUCCUACUACCAAAAUGCAACGGUUGAAGGAGUUUUGGAUAUCGCGGGCCUCAGCAGAACAACGGAAGGGCAGAGCAGGUCGAACCGGCCCGGGAAUAUGUUACAGAUUGUUCUCGGAAAAGCAGUUCCAAGAAUUCGAUGCGUAUACUACAGCUGAAAUCUUGAAGGUUCCAUUGGAGUCACUGCUACUGCAAAUGAUUUCGAUGGGUUUGCCAGACGCUCGUUUGUUUCCGUUCAUCGAAUCACCACCGAAAGAUAACAUCGAAAAUGCCAUCACCAAUCUUAAGCAACACGAUGCUCUUACCGUAGAUGAAAAGCUGACUCCGCUUGGUAAAGCUCUUGCCAAAAUUCCAGUGGAUAUUUCUAUCGGCAAAAUGCUGCUUAUGGGAUGCGUUUUCCAGCAGCUGCAACCAGUCCUGACCCUCGCCGCUGUGCUCAGUGUACAAUCCCCGUUUACAAAUCGUGCCUACAGAGAACCAGAAUGUGAGCGUGCCCGGAAAACCUUCGAAUCGGACCACGGUGACCCCAUCACCCUGCUCAAUGCCUACAAGGAAUGGCUGGAGUUGAAACAGAACCGGCACGAGUAUCGCCGAGAUGAACAGCGUGAAAGUUCCAAAAGCUGGUGCCGUCGGCGAGGUCUGGAGGAGCAACGGUUCUACGAAAUAACCAAACUACGGAACCAGUUUCAGGGUCUAUUGCAGGAUUGUGGCCUCAUGGAAAGUGCCGAUUUGGAAAAUAUGAGCAGUGCUGAUCGGGCAAUUCGUCAUGGCGAACUACGGCAGCUGAAAGAACUAAGAAAAGCUCAUCGGAUGGAAGCUCCUCGUAGAAGGAAACUGCUUAAGUCGGAUCCUUGGGGUACGGAAGGUGGGGAAGAAGAUGACGGUAGAGUGGACAUUAGAGAUGUGGAGUUUCGUUUGAGUCACGAUUCUUCCAAGAUUCAGGAUUUAGUAUCCGGAGCUACGGCCUGUAGUUAUAGAGACUUGAUGACGCUAAAAUUGAUUCUGGUUAGCGGACUGUAUCCUCAGGUCGCAAUAGCCGACGACUACAACUAUUGCAAGAGUCCCACCGAACAAUUCUUUCACACUCAGAAUAAACCGUAUGCAACACUACAUCCGAUGAGCUUUUUCGGUUACAACUCUCAAAUUCUUCAACUUGAUGAAAACGACAUUGUUGAAAAAAUUCCACCAUUCAAGUCACGACAACCUUUAAGUUCCAAACAUCAAAUAGUCUGUUACCUCAUGCUGCUGGAAACCAACAAAACCUAUCUGUUGAACACUUUGCGUAUGCCAGCAGCUCAAACUCUUCUCCUGUUUGCCCAUACGAUCGAUACUAACGUGACCUUCUCGAGAAUGGUUUGCGAUGGCUGGCUAUGUCUGGAUUUUCCUGCUCCCGAAAGUGGACAGACAUUAUUGUUCCGGGCUACCAAGCUUAGACGUCUGUGGAAUACCAUGCUGGCUGAAAAAUUGAAAGUUCUAACACAAGCUGCUGAUGAGGAGCUCACUAAAGAGAAGCGGGAGAAAUCAAUCGAACAAAUGAACCGGGAGCUGUGGCAUGAUUUGGCUCAAUUUAUGAACACCGAAGUCCUUUAUACCAUCAAAAGAUUGCUUCCGGCUGAUAUCAAAACCUUGUAUAAAGGAAACACAGACGACAAUAUAUUGCCCUUAGAUCCUAAUCCGUUUGCUGAAGAGUUCCUGUGCGUUAAGAACGAAGUUAAAGGUGGAGUUCAUGUUACGGAAAAUAUUUUGUACGGAUGUCUUAUAGAAACUGAAUGGAGCUUGAAGAUGUUCGAUGAUAUAAUGGACAACGAUUGGCAGUGUUCCAAUUGCCUUUGUUCCUAUAAUUUGACGGGGAUGCAAAAGUUACAACAUUCGGUUGUAUGCAAACCUGAAGAAAAGCUCGAAACCACAGCCGAUUCGGCUGCAAGCACCAGCAGCUAUCAGAAACCAAACUCUAAAAAGUUUGAUUGUGCUACGUGUAACAAAAUUUUAUACCUGACAGCGAUAGAAAUUCUGAAGCACAAGAAAACUUGUGCGCCCAAAGUGAAACAAGAACCGAACGAGGAAUCGCUGCCCAAAACUCAAGACACUACGAUCAACAUUCAACUUUAACAACAAAUUUCAAAACCUCGUCGAGUUUUUUAACUCCAAAAACAUCAACUACUUCAAGGAACUUUGCAAAUUCGAAAAAGAAGCCAAAUUGAAUCUCUGAAACCAGCAAAAACGCUUACAACCGUAGGGCAUAUAGUCAAGACACUAGCCCUCCAAUAGGAGCACCGCAGCUCCGAACAGAAAGAAGAAGAAGAAGAAGAGGAAUCGAAAUUAAACUUUAAAAAUGGAGAGGGCUUUCAUGUGAUUGCUCAUCAAGGUUUUUCCCAAUCAUGACAAUCAAGAUUUGCGGAACUGUUUCAAAUAUAGAUAAGGAAUAGAGAAAGUUAGAUUCAAGUUGAUCCUUUUGAAGAAUAUUGCUAACAGCUGCGAAAAGCUACCGUCGAUACUAGCCGGUAAUCAAUUUGCUCUAGGUGCUGGAGGUUUUCCAGCUUCAGCUGUAAUAAUAACUUCGCAAUGGAUAAAUAAAGGAAAUCGGAUUGUAA